AUGGACGCCGUGCUCGGGAGCGAGAAGCCCCAUCGCGCCCCGCGCGCCGGGGCGAAGGCGAAGAAACGCGCGGACGCGGUGAAGCGGAAGCGCGCGGACGCGGACGGUGGCGGCGGCGGUGGGAACAAUCCGCGGGCGUUCAUCUUCAGCGGCGCGCGAAAGGCGAAGCGGGCGCGCGCGGUGGCGAUCGAGAAGCAAGAGCGUAAGCUGCGAGCGCCGACGAAGGAUAUCGUCGAGGGUGAGGAGGCGCCGCCGUUCGUGGUCGUCGUUCAAGGGCCGCCGGGGGUGGGGAAGACGACGCUGGUGCGGUCGCUGGUGAAGCACUACACGAGACACGCGUUGAAUGAGAUAAAGGGACCGCUGACGCUGGUGACUGGAAAGAAGCGAAGGAUACAGAUCAUGGAGGUGAAGAAUGAUCUGAACGACAUGGUGGACGCGGCGAAGGUUGCGGAUUUGGUGUUGUUGUUGGUGGACGGUUCGUUCGGGUUCGAGAUGGAGACGUUUGAGUUCUUAAACGUGCUUCAGGUGCACGGAUUCCCGCGAGUGAUGGGGGUUUUGACGCAUCUCGAUCAGUUUCACGACGUGAAGAAGUUGAAGAAGACGAAGAAGUUGUUGAAGCAUCGGUUUUGGACGGAGAUUUACGACGGGGCGAAGCUGUUUUACGUCUCGGGCAUGUCGCAAAACGGGAGGUAUAAUCUUCGAGACACGAUGAAUCUGGCGCGAUUCAUCUCCACGGCGAAAACGAAGCCGCUAAUUUGGCGCACUUCGCACCCGUACGUCGUCGGCGACCGCUUUGAGGAUAUCACCAAGCCCGAGCUGGUGCAGGACAAUCCGGUGUGCGAUCGCGAAGUCGCCCUGUACGGGUUCCUACACGGCUGUAACCUGAAGCAUGGACAGCUCGUGCACGUCGCCGGGGUCGGAGACAUGGCGGUCAAAGAGAUAUCGCAGCUCCCUGAUCCGUGCCCGCUCCCGAACAAGGAGCGAAAGCAGCGAAAGUUGGAUGAUAAACAAAAGCUUAUUUACGCUCCGAUGAGCGACGUCGGCGGUUUGUUGUAUGAUAAAGACGCCGUGUACAUCACCGUGGACGACAGGCAGAUGAACUUCUCGAAGCGUCAAUUAGAAGAAAAGCUCACGGCAGAGGGUCGAGCGUUACCCGAUGAUAUGGACGUCGAUUUCGGGGUGGAGAUGGUGCACGGGUUGCAGGACACGCGCAUGACCGUCGAUGAAAAGCUCAAGAAUAGUGAGAUCUCCCUCUUCAAGGGGAGUAAAUCUCUCAAGGGUGAAGAUUUCGUCAAGAAGAGCGCCUUUGAUGUCGACGACGACGAUGAGAGCGACGGGAGCGACGGGAGCGGCGAUGAGAGCGGCGAUGAGAGCGACGAUGAGAGCGACGAUGAGGAUGCUCACUUUCCAUCCAGAGGUUCGAAGAGACCGGGGGACACCAGAACUCGUCGUGCUGCAGAUUUUAGCGAAGAACCAGAAAGGGGCUAUGAAGACGCCGAUAGUGAAGAGGAUGAAGACGAACGUGACGAUAACGAAGGCCUCGGCGCUGGCGCGUCGAAAUGGAAGGAAAUGAUGCACGGGCGAACGCGUGAGAAGACGCUCAUGGAGAUUAUCUACGACGAGACUGAGGGCACUACUAGGGCAGCGAAUGCGGGUGAUGAUGAUUCUGGAUCAGAUUCGGAUUCCGAUUCGGAUCUAUUCAAGUCUCGGGACGAGUCGGAUUCAAAGGUUGACGCCCUCGAUUCGUUUGAUCGCACUAAAUUCUUGCCGGAAGUUCGUUCGUCGCUGGAUAUCGACGACCCUUCGCUGCGGAACAGAUUCGUCACCGGUGAUUGGGACGCUGCCAAGGCAAGAGGAGAGGCGAAACCGCAGGCUGAAAACGAUGAGGAUGACGAGGUUUACGGAGACUUUGAAGAUUUGGAGACCGGUGAAAAGUUUGGGCCGGGCACGAGCGGCGGAGAUGACGAAGAGGAAGAGGAGGGGAGCGAAGGCGGUGCAGACGCGGAAAACGAAGAGCAAAAGCGUUUAGAAGAAAAACGCGCGAAACAUGAGGCUAUGUCGGAACGUACUGAGAAAUCGGCAAACACGAAGAGUCCGAACUUUGUCGAUCCCGAUGGUCCGUCAUCGUACUUUGAGUUGGUGAAGAAUCAAAUGAGAGAUGAAACGGCGAGAUCGCGCUCGAUCCUCGACGUGUUGCCCAAGAGCACGCGACAAGCCAUGGAAGGCUACCGUCCUGGGGCGUACCUUCGCAUCGUUCUCGCCAAGGCACCGUGUGAAUGGGUGGAAAACUUUGAUCCCACCCGUCCCAUUGUCAUCGGCGGCAUCCUCCCCGGCGAGGAGAUCAUGGGUUUCCAGCAGCUUCGUCUCAAGAAGCACCGUUGGCAUCGCAAAACGUUGAAAAACCGAGACCCUUUGAUCUUCUCUAUCGGAUGGAGACGAUUUCAGAGCAUACCGGUCUACUCCAUGAUGGAUGCGAACUCGCGACAUCGCAUGAUCAAGUACACACCUGAUCACAUGCACUGCUACGCGACGUUUUACGGACCGUUGAAUCCACAGAACACUGGCGUCAUUGCGUUCCAGAGCAUGGCCUCGGCGCAAGCUAGCUUCCGCGUCGCCGCGACGGCAACUGUACUCGAGUUCGAUCACUCGAUCAAAAUCGUGAAGAAGCUGAAACUUGUCGGCACGCCGAUCAAGGUGUUCAAGAAUACGGCUUUCGUCUCCGGAAUGUUCAACUCAGCUCUCGAGGUGAGCCGAUUCGAGGGUGCGGCGCUUCGAACCGUCUCUGGUAUCAGAGGUACGAUCAAGAAGGCGCUCAAAUCCGGAGAGGGCGUGCACGGGCAGAAGGAUGGUGGCGUCAAAGAGGGCAGCUUCCGCGCCUCUUUCGAGGACAAGCUUUUGCUCUCGGACAUCAUCUUCCUUCGAACGUGGACCAAGGUGGACGUCCCCAAGUUCUACAACCCGGUCACGACGGCCAUGUUCAAGGACACGAAGGAUUGGCGCGGUAUGAAAACGGUCGGUCAGCUCAGAUACGAAAAGUCGCUACCGAUUCCAGUCAAUCCGGAUUCCAUCUACAAGCCCAUCGAACGACAGAAGCGCGUCUUCAACAAACUUCAAAUCCCCAAAGCUCUUCAGCAAGCGCUGCCGUUCAAAUCGAAGCCGAAACUCGAGAAAGCGCGUCGUCACGAGACGCUCGAGCGUCGUCGCGCCGUGGUCCAGGACAAGGAGGAGAAGAAGCUCACCACCAUGGUGCAGCAGCUCAACACGAUUCGCAACGAAAAGAUGGAAAAACGCGCCGAGCAGCAAGAACGCCGUCGCGCUGUGCGCGCCAAGGCGCAGGCGAUCGAGGACGAGUGGCGAGGCAAACUCAAGAGAGAGAAACUCAAGAGCGCGUACCGCGAGAAGAGCAAGGCAGAGGCCGCCGCGGCGCGCGCGCGAGAGUCUGGUGGAAAAUUUACGAACAAGAAGAAAGGAAAGUCAAAGGAUUGA